UGUGUGGUGCUCAGUAAGUGAUGGGAGGCAUGUCUGCAGCGUUAUUCUUGAGCAUCGCUUCAAUCCUGCUGACCUGCUCAGGUUAAGUAUUUGACUCUCUUUUUCCCCACCCAGGUUAGAUUCUGAGUUAGCGGGACUGAAUGAUUAGAGUAUUAUGAAAAGUCAAAGUAUCAUUACAGAACAGACAUUAGGUCAUCUUGGGUAUGCUAAUUUGAGUGUUUUCCUUCAUUCAAACUGGGCCUCAGAAAUGAAUAACUUUACAUAGUAAAAUAGAGGAAAAUUGUUUGUUUUAUGUUUUAUAUUUUAUAUUGUAUUGCAUGUUUUACCAGUGUCUUGCACUAUGGUUAAAUCAGUGAUGUCCCAGCAACAUUUCACUUCAACCUCUAUACAAUCUUUUUUAUCCUGUUUUAAUGUUUUGUCCUAUGAGUCAAUAAUGUUGUGACAGACUAUGAGGGUAAUUUCUAAUGUUCACUGAUUUUGUUCACAGCUUGGACAAGUCAUGAGGCUGGUUUCGAGGAACAAAUUGGUGAAGAGGUGACACUUCAUCCAAAUCUGACAUGAAUAAUUUCUCUACGUUGUUAGAUUAUUUACGCAAAAAAUGUACUCAGGGUGGUAUGAAAUGAUUUGCUCGGAAUGGAGGCAAUUCCAGGGGCCUGCAAGGUUUGCAAGUGGAUCAUAAAGAAGAUGAGGAAAAGCAUCCAUGAAGGAUCUACUGAGGAGGUUAUCAGAGAGUCGUUGGAGGCCGUGUGCAACAAAACGUUUAUGCUUAAACGUGUAUGCCGGUGGUUUGUGAAAAAAUACAUUGACCGUCUGACAAAGGAACUUUCUACUUCAGACGAUGUGAGAACCAUCUGUGUUAAUUUGAAGGCCUGCAGGCCAAGGUCUCUACUAGACUUCAUGUGAAUUACAUGGACCUGAGGUCAAAAUGAAACAACAGCUCUGCUGCCUGCACUUCCACUUCCUGUGUGCUCCACUUCACCCUCGUCCAGCCCUGGGCUUUAUGAAAUGUGUUGGUGUCUCAUCUAGCAUAUCUGAUCAUCUUUUGAUCAGACCACCACUGUUAAAACAAACAAACAAUAAAGCAUCAUGUCAAAAACAAA